CCGCGGCCGGUGUCAAGGCCCCGCAGGUGGCAGCAUCCCGGCAUGUGCGGUGCGCCUGGCCUACGCCUCAAGAACCACCGUGCGCGCGCUCUUUCCCGCGGCUGGUGUCAAGGCCCCGCAGGUGGCGGCGUGCCGGCAUGUGCGGUGCGCCCCGCCUACGCCUCAAGAACCACCGUGCGCGCUCUCUUUCCCGCGGCUGGUGUCAAGGCCGCAGGUGGCAGCAUGCCGGCAUGUGCGGUGCGCCCCGCCUACGCCUCAAGAACCGCCGUGCACGCGCCCUUUCCCGCGGCCGGUGUCAAGGCCCCGCAGGUGGCGGCGUGCCGGCACGUCUGGUGGCAGCAUGCCGGCAUGUGCGGUGCGCCCGGCCUACGCCUCAAGAACCGCUUUGCCCGCGCCCUUUCCCGCGGCCGGUGUCAAGGCCCCGCAGGUGGCGGCGUGCCGGCACGUCAGGUGUGCCCGGCCUACGCCUCAAGAACCGCCGUGCAUGCGCCCUUUCCCGCGGCUGGUGCCAAGACCGCAGGUGGCAGCAUGCCGGCACGUCAGGUGUGCCCGGCCUACGCCUCAAGAACCACCGUGCGCGCGCCCUUCCCCGCGGCUGGUGUCAAGGCCCCGCAGGUGGCAGCAUGCCGGCAUGUGCGGUGGCAGCAUCCCGGCAUGUGCGGUGCGCCCGGCCUACGCCUCAAGAACCACCGUGCGCGCGCCCUUUCCCGCGGCUGGUGUCAAGGCCCCGCAGGUGGCGGCGUGCCGGCAUGUGCGGUGCGCCCCGCCUACGCCUCAAGAACCACCGUGCGCGCGCUCUUUCCCGCGGCUGGUGUCAAGGCCGCAGGUGGCAGCAUGCCGGCAUGUGCGGUGCGCCCCGCCUACGCCUCAAGAACCGCCGUGCACGCGCCCUUUCCCGCGGCCGGUGUCAAGGCCCCGCAGGUGGCGGCGUGCCGGCACGUCUGGUGGCAGCAUGCCGGCACGUCCGGGGCGCCCCGCCUACGCCUCAAGAACUACCGUGCACGCGCCCUUUCCCGCGGCUGGUGUCAAGGCCCCGCAGGUGGCGGCGUGCCGGCACGUCUGGUGCGCCUGGCCUACGCCUCAAGAACCGCUUUGCCCGCGCUCUUUCUCGCGGCCGGUGUCAAGGCCGCAGGUGGCAGCAUGCCGGCACAUCCGGGGCGCCCCGCCUACGCCUCAAGAACUACCGUGCACGCGCCCUUUCCCGCGGCUGGUGUCAAGGCCCCGCAGGUGGCAGCAUGCCGGCAUGUGCGGUGGCGGCGUGCCGGCACGUCUGGUGCGCCCGGCCUACGCUUCAAGAACCACUGUGCACGCGCCCUUUCCCGCGGCUGGUGCAAGGCCGCAGGUGACAACGUGCCGGCACGUGCGGCGUAUGCCGUCUUCUGUCAUCGGUGUCCAGGCACGCAGUCGUGCCGGGGUUAACCAAGGCCUUCAUCAAGCCGGUCACCGGUUAGCGCCAUGGAGCGCUGUCGGUGAUAGCCUCAUGCAUGGCCCGCCCUGCAUGGCGGCGGGGUGCUGCUCAACCGCUUGGACAGCGCCAGACCCGCAAUGCUGCUGCCUUUAUGGUGCUUGCUAGGCGAGCGUCAGGCCGUACCGACACAAAGGUCUACGUACGCAAUAGUUCCGCAACGCACGUCAAUAAAAGGCCGCGUUAGCAAUGCAGUAGGAAUCUCGUCGCACGGACUGUGCUGCAGCGGCGCCCAGCAAUGGCAGUGCACCCAUCCCUGACAGGUGCGGAUGCGGAGCUGCACGUAUGAGCGUAACCUGGUUAUCGUCCGGCAUUGGAGCUUAAUGGAGCUGCCUGUCCAUGGUGCGGCGCGCCCUGGUGGCACCUCAACCAGUGGACCAACCAGCGGACGAACGCUUGGUGUGCAGGCAACGAGUGGAUGGGCAGCGCAAGGCGGCAGGUGCGUGCGGUUCUGGUCCUACUCCUGGCGAAUGGUGGCUGUGUUCACCAUUACCAGCAGCUGCCGAGGGAGACUUCAUACGUGGCCAAUCCAAGUAACGAUAUAUUGCUUUGCUGAGGUAUUGUGCGUUCCCAUUUUACUCCUUGCUCUGCAUGGGGCUUGGUGCUGGCGCAAGCACGCAACGCGGUGCAACACGGGUGCCGGCCUCCACACCGGCCUUGCCCAGCUCAACAGUCGGGAGGGCGUGCGCGGAUGGUCUGAUGAAGCUAUGGCGCCGUGCUGGCGGGUGCGGACUGUUGUGGAUGUGUGAGAUCACUGCUGUGUUGCAUAAGGCAGAGGACACGGGCGCUAGAGGUGGCUCUGGGCUAGUGCGGCCUGGGCGCGCUGGGGCGCGGGCGCAAGGGCUGGGCGAGCGCCAUGGGGCCGGCGUGCCGCGAUGACAAAUGCAUAUUAAUGAUUGCAUGCAAAAGAGUAUAUUUGUUUGACUGCUUCGAGAACAACGCCUCUUCCAAAGCUCCUGGCAUGACAUUGGCAAGCUUUUUGGAUUCCACGAGG